AUGCUACCGCAAAAGGUUCGAGUGGCAAUCAGGAGACUCCAUCGGCAGUUCAAUCACCCAGCGCCCAAGACCCUAGUGGCGAUACUCAAGGCCGGAGGUGCAUCGAAGGAGUUCAUCGAGGCAGCCAAGUUAGCGAAGUGUGAUUCGUGCAUCAAAACAUCAGGGAAGCCGAGGCCUCAUCCCGUAGGUUUGGGACACGGAGAGUAUCGAGUGGGAGAUGUUCUGGGGAUUGACGUUCUUGAAAUUUCCGAUUCGGGAAAGCAGAAGUAUCAGUGCGUCAACUUGGUCGACAUGGCAUCAGGAUUUCAGCAGCUUGAAGUGCUUCGACCGGUAGGCGAGCACGCAGGACCACCAAGCGCAGAGUCUUGUUUGGAAGCAGUCCAAAGAUGGGUAACUUGGCUAGGGUUGCCAAGAGUGCUCAUGGCAGACCGUGGCACCCACAAUCGGGGCAUAUUCAACAAGUGGGCAUCAGAGAAAGGAGUUGACAUAAGGUACGCCGCGACCGAGGCCCCAUGGAUGAUUGGGAAAGUAGAAAGGCACGGAGGGCUUGCGAAAGCCGUGGUGAGAAAGGUAGUGCAUGAAGUGGGUACCACAGGGGUUUCAGAGAUCCGAGCAGUGGUUCAAGAAGUCAUCGGAGUCAAGAAUGCAAUGAUGAAUACUUCUGGGUACAGUCCAAUGCAGUGGGUUACAGGCCGAAACCCAAGGGAUCCAGGAGCGAUGACCGAUGAGCACGGAUGGCUGGACUUAGGUGCAAUGGAAUCAAAGCACGAUGGGAGCAGCGAGUUCGCAUCACGGCAUCAGGCAAGAAUGGCUGCGAAGAAAGCCAUGAUUCAUUUGGAUUGCAGUCGCAGAGUCCAAAAGGCAUUGACCCGGAACGCAGCUCCGAUCAAGGAGGAUUACCAGCCAGGUGAUUAUGUCGUGUAUCGGCGAGAUGCUCAGGCUGGUGGAACGAAGUGGAGCAGCGCAUCAAGAGUGAUCGGUAAGGAAGGGUCAGAGUCGAUUUGGGUUAUACACGGUGGAGUGCCGGUAUUGUGCUCAGUUCAUGCCCUACGCCCAGCUACCGAAGAAGAAGUCAUGUCUCAUUGCAUGCUACAGGGGAUCCCGUUGCUGCCUACAGAGUUGACAGAGGGACCCAGAGGCAAGAAAGCAUACAUUGACAAGCGUCAAAAGACAGAACCAGCAAAAGCAGCUAAGCAGCCUGACGCGAAGAAGCGGAAACAAGAGGGAGCAGCGUCCAAGGACAUUCCCAUUCCAAGCAGCAGCGAAAGCAGCUCAAGCUCAGAGUCCAGUGAUGAAAGCGAAGGACAAGGGAAUACAGCAAUAGAUAAGACGGGCACAAUCCCGGAACAUCAAGCUGAGCAGAACAACACCGCGCAUGAAGCACAUCAAGCAGAUGGAAAUACAAUGACGGAGUGUGAAAGGCUAGCCAAACAGGCCUUGGAACACGAAGAUUACACUCCGAGAACAUGUUUGCAGGUGUUGAGAGCAUGUCAGUUCCCGAAGAAGAGGAAGCGGGACAUCAAUCAGACCGGUGAGUGCAUGAGCUUUGGAACUUAUGCGCAUGGUCCGUUUUCAGGGGUGACAAAAGCAACAUUGGAGCACCCAUGGCUUGUUCUGUAUGUGAACGAGUACCUACGCGCACGUGGGGCUACGGAGGGGUGGUCCAGCUUCGUGAUUCAUUUGAAUGCAGAGACCCCGAAGCACACGGACAACCACAACAUGCCAGGAUCGGUGAAUCAACUCACCAGCUUAGGACCUCACGAAGGAGGACAGAUAUGGGUUCAAGACCCUGGAGGCCAGUCCAAGCGCAUGGAUUACGAAGGUCAGGAUGGGAGAAUUCUGAAGUGCAAGCACAGGGUCGUGACAUUCGGACCUGAUCAGGCGCAUGCUACACUUCCUUUUGAAGGUGAGAGAUGGUCUAUUUCAGCAUACGCCAGUCGAGGUUUUCCUAAAUUGACAAAGCAACAGCACAAGGACCUCGCUGAUCAAGGGUUUAAUGUGGAACCAUUGAAAGCACUAGCCAGAGCAACAGGGAGUUCGUGCAUGACAGCCGCUUGUCAUCAGGGAGAACAUCAUCAGGACGACGUCAAGGUCGUGGACACUCAGGCGGAGGAGUCAGUGACGCAAGAGCGCGACCUCCCCAUGGAAUCAUUGAUGACCCGAGGUAUGACUGAGGAUCAUUGGCGUGUGGCUACGGGAUUCUUCUUCAGGGUGCACAUGAAGCCCAGAACAGGCCUCUACACCCCAAGUGCCGAUGAUUUCCCAGGUGAUAUUAGCCGGGUGAGUCACACAAGGGUAACACACAAAACCUUUUCAGGUGGAAGAACAGAUCAUGUUACCGAUGAGUGGGGAAUGGUUCGCGAAGCAGAUGAGAAUUCAGAUGGACCGUGGACGGGAUUCACAUUGUUCAAGUAUGCUGAUACUGAGGCGGAAUUAUCUUCAUUACCUCAGGCGCCAGUGGAGUCAGCGGAGUAUCAGGCAUUCUUGAGUGACAGAAUACUACCCAAAAAUGAACCGUUCGGUGAAGCAGUGACUGGUAAGAAGCCGAAGAAGCUUGACAUCAACAGAGUGGAUGAGAAAACAGCCCAAGGGAUUCACGAGGCCCGAGGACAAGAAUGGGAAAAGUACAAACAGUACAAUGCAGCAGUUCCCAUUAUGGGACCAAUGCUAGAAGGCCUACUUCGAGAAGGACACAUCCCGAUCCCAAGCCAGUGGGUGGAUGUCGACAAGAACGAAUUCAAGAAAGGUCGGAGCGACUACCAGCCAAGGUACAGGAGCAGACUGGUGUCGUGCGGGAACUACGAGAACGUCUCCCGAAAUGAGCUAAGGUGUGAUGCGCCCACGGUGGACGCAGAAACCCAUUGUCUGAUCGCAAGUUACGCGGCUUGCCGCAAGAUAAAGCUCAGGUGCGGGGAUAUCUCUUCGGCAUACUUUCAGUCAGAACCGCUGGAAAGGGUAAUCAUCAUGAAGCAGCCGCGAGGAGGAUUGCCCGGUGUGCCGCCAGAAGCUAUGUUGCUGUGUAGGUUGCCGGUGUAUGGCACAAUGGAUGCUGGCAGAGGGUUCUACACACGUCUGUGCAAUGUGUCAUGUGAGGAAGGACUCAAGGUAAGCAAGAUUGCAACUGGAUUGUACUACGUGCUAGGGUCUGACAACCUUCCUGCAGUGCUGCUGGGGACCCAUGUAGAUGACCUGCUUUGGUGUGCGACGCCAGAAGGAGAAGAGAUCAUGGACAAGAUCAUGGCCAAGUUUGACAUGGGGAAGAUUGAGGACACGGAUUUCCGGUAUUGCGGCCGGAGGUUUAGACAGGAUGCCGACUUCAACGUGACCAUCGACACGGAGGACAACACAAGGUCCAUUCGGCACAUCAGUAUCGAUCCGAACCGCAAGGGCACAGAAGCAGCAACGGAACAAGAUGUGACACGGUUGCGCAGUGUAGUAGGCUCGUUAGCGUGGGUUGCAAGGUACUCGCGUCCGGAUUUGUGCUACCGAGUCAACUGCUUGCAGCGUGCUUGCGCGAGGGCAACAGUGGCCGACUUGAGGGAUGCCAACCGAGUGGUGGAUCUAGCCAAGGCGGAUAUGGGAAUCGCAAUGUAUUACCCAGCGGGAAAAUUCUCAUGGCAUGAUGCGUGUGUGGUCAGCUUCUCGGAUGCAAGCCAUGCCGGAGAAGAAGGGCUACGGAGCCAACAAGGCCGAUUCCACUACAUCACAUCGGAGAAGAUGGUGGAUACCAAUGAGCACGACGCGCACAUCAUCGGCUAUGGUUCGCUGCGGUCGAGAGUGGUGACCGGCUACGGGCGCAAAACCUACACGGUCUACGAUGGUCAUGGUGACCGCCUUCGCUGGACUGAUACGGCGACACAGCUCGCCGACGCAUUGACAAAGUCGAUGAAGCCAUAUCAGCUUUUCAAGGUAAUGCGUGAAGCCAAGGUUUACCUCAGUGACCCAGAGAAGAAGAUCAAGAAGGGCACACAACAAGGUGACCAGUGA